CUAGCUCCUGCUUCUUCUAACUGACAACACCACUUACAAUGACGAAUCCAACACUUCGCUCACAGGUGAUAAAUAUUUACAAGGGUAUGUGUAUGCCUUCUCAGUUUCCGGUCGUUCAGUUUGAUCGACUUAAUGCGGAUCUUAAGUCUUUCUUCAACUAACACUCCGUUAUCGGAAGAACUCCUCUUUCUUGGUCGCGAGUAUCCGUUGGGCUACGAGUAUUAUCGGACUAGGUUACACAAAGCAUUUUCUAGUCAGGCACAUCUGGAAAAUGAGGAACAGAUUCGGAAGGGUAUUGCGAGAGCGGAGUUUGUGAAAAAGGAAAUCGAAGCUUUGUACUAUCUAAAGCGAUAUCGCACCUUGAAACAGCGCUAUGAUAAUAAAUGAUGUCGGCC